UGACCUAUUGACCUUCCCUCUUGGUUUCUCAUUCCGUCACUUGCCACUUUAUAUUCCUGAGACUUGUCACUCACCAGCCUGCUCGCCUGCCGAGGCAUGUCAUGUAUGACCAGUUGACCCCUCAGCCUCCGUCUUCUCAUCAGUGUUCUUGUGCAAUUGCGGCGCAGAGAAAUCGCCUAAAACAUGUUCCAUACCUUUCAAUCCUCCGUAGGGCUGCGCUCACCCGGCGUCGAGAGCGACGGCUCCACUAACAAACCUGCACGCACGUCGGGGUCACGGCGCAUCUCGACGAGCAAUGCAUGCGUCGAAUGCAGACGCAGAAAGAUUCGCUGCGAUGGCACACAGCCGUGUGGCCAGUGUCAGUGGUAUCAACACCCAGAAGCGUGCGGGUACUCGAAGCCGGCGCAGAGGGUUGUCCCCAGCAGGAAGCUGGUAGACAAGCUAUCAAGCAACAUCGAGCAGUACAAGAGCGUGCUUGCGAGAUUGUAUCCAGCCAAAGACCUCGAGUCUCUAGCCUCUCUGCCCCGAGAAGAACUGCUAGACCUGGCACUCUCUCAACCCGCGGUCGGGUCUACGACUUCACCAUCCACUGCGACCACGCAGGCCAUUUCGGAGGUCGCGCCUGGAUCUGAAGGUAACGACAGUUUAGAGGCGCUUGAGCAAGCUCCCCCUGAAGACCCGUAUUGGGACGAGGCACGUAAGCACCAAGGCCGAGUCCAGGGAAUCUCCGACGAUAUCAACGGUCUUUCAAUGUCAGUUGACCGACUAUCGUCCUAUGUUGGCAUUUCCUCCAUUACCGCAGCCCUCAAAGUCAUUGUCAGGUGUGCUCCGCAAGCCCGACCCCUAAUUGCGCACAACAACCAGGAGACGGCCCUACCGAGUCGAGCAGGAUCUCCACCUCCUGAUCUUGCCGACAAUGAUCCCCACGCUUUGCCGCCUGUGCCAUUGGGACAAGAGCUAAUUGAGAGCUACUUCGAGAAAGUCCAUUUGUUCUUCCCACUGAUUGAGGAGCGCAAGUUCUGGACGACGUACCUCUAUGGCGAGCGGAAAGACUCGCCUUGGCUGUCAUUACUGAAUAUGGUUUUUGCUCUGGGGUCACUCGCGUCAUCCACGGCAGACAACGAGGCGCAUUAUGUGUACUUCAACCGCUCACGGCAACACCUAAGUCUAGAAUCCUUUGGGAGUGGAAACCUCGAGGUACUGCAAGCUUUAGCAAUCAUGGGCGGAUACUACAUGCACUACUUGAACCGUCCAAACGAGGCGCACUCUCUCAUGGGUGGCGUCCUUCGAAUGGCGACUGCGUUGGGUCUGCAUCGCGAGUACUCUGAUACUUCGAAAACAAAUCCUAGGCAUCUUAAUAUGAUGGCACCUGGAGAGACGGACUCGAUAUCCCCUGAGAUGAGAAGGCGCAUAUGGUGGAGUUUGUUCUGUUUGGAUGCGUGGGCUUCAACGACGACUGGCAGACCUUCCCUAGGGAGGAUGGGUCCAUCAAUCACUGUCCUUGCCCCUGGGAAGAUCACAAACCCCGCGCACGUACUACCUCAACCAAACAGCCCUCAAUACAUCGAGCAGCUGAAAGUCUUACCUCUGGUUCACGCUUCUGAGUUCUGUAAAAUUGCGACUAGGAUUCAAGAUCGGCUUGUCGAAUCCCCUUUGCUCACUCCAUCCGAAACAUCGGCCUACGACGCAGAAAUCAUUCACUGGCACGACGAACUCCCUUCGAUUCUCUCAAACAUGGACGAGUCAUGUCCAGAUUUCCUCCGCCGAGUCCGUUUUGUCAUGAAAUGGCGGUUCCAAAACAUCCGCAUUGUUCUCCACCGACCAGUUUUACUGAGCACCGCAUUGCGACGCUGUCCAUUCAGCGCUCUAAGCGCGGAAGAGAAAGUUGCAGUCGGCAAAUGUCGCAUCAUUGCCGCUAAAACAAUCGAGGACAUAUCGAACGAGUGUCUUCCCGAUCUCGUUUCCGGCUGGAACGCCGUCUGGUUCACCUUCCAAGCAUGCAUGGUCCCACUCGUCUCCCUCUUCAGCGACACCAGCAUGCCCGACGAAGCAGAGAAAUGGCGCGCCAGCAUCGAAACCGCGCUCUCCUUCUUCGAGCGCAGCAAACCCUGGAGCAUCGCCGCGAAACGCAGCAUGGACGCUGUCUCCCGCCUCUAUGAAGCGUACAAAGUCCAGCUCUCGGAGCACAACCUGCCCGACCACCACCAACCUCAUCCCCAAUACGCCAGCCAUAAUGUCGCCGGUAUGGAGGGCGCCUUUGACUACAACUCCGUUCCGGAUGUCGCUACUUUAUCGAUGAAUCCCGGUGCGUGGGGCGGCGAGCCAGGUGCAAUGGGCAACCUGAGCGGCUUCUGGGACGACAUGAUGUGGGAUACAAACCUCCCUGAUAUGCUGGAUACGCCGUUUGGCUUAGGUAACGAUUAUGAUUUCCAAGGUGCAGCACAAGAUUCGGGUGCGCCUUGCUGGAUGCAAGGCAAUUGAGAUUCACA